UGUGUGCGUAGAGUAAGUUUGCAUAUUUGAGUGUUUACUCAUCCCAGGAAAAGGAAAAUAAACGGUUGAGGAAUGUAAUAUCCAUUUAAAUACACACUGUUGAUAAAUUAAAGUUACAGGAUAAAGUGUCCCUCAAUUGUAAGCAAGUAAGAACAAUUUUUAGUGGCGUUAUGUGAAUCUGAUAAGUCAUGGUCUUGUUGUCCUACAGUGAUGAGUGAUUAGCGCGGGAAACUACUAGCGCACAGUGGUUUAUGCUGUCCGAGAGAAACAAAUGUCAGCUCAUUAAGGUGACAGACCUACAAAAUUAACAGAAACAUGGCUGAUCCUGUAUAUUCAGGAGAUUUUUUCCUGGAUCCAGGAUUUACAGUGAAGCAAGAACCAGUUUCAAUGGACACGAGCAGCUGCAUGACAGCAAGUAUGCCGAUUCCCCCUCGAAAAAUGAUGGAUCUUUCUGAACUGAGGGAUUUCGGUUAUGAAUUCCUUGAUGUAUCUUCAUCGCCAUCAACUUCUCGUGAUACUGGCACAGUCACUGCAGUAGCGCUCCAAGGUUCGUCAGGUUUAUACCAAACAAUAUCAGGCUCAUCAGGGUGGGAGUCACGGUUAAAUACAGAAAGUGAGCUAAAUAGAAGUGACACAUUCCGUAUGGAUGAUGAUGAUAUCUUCCAGGUUGACAAAGCUGACUUGAUACAAGGCCCUACAUUGGCAGAACUGAAUGCUAAUGAUGAGAAUUUGCUUGAAGAUUUGAACUUUGAUGAUCUUCUGCUGCCAGAGGAAAACAGCUACUAUAUCAGUGUGCCAACAGUAGCAUCACAUUCGAGACAUGCUGCUACAAAUGUACCACCAUUAGUGCAAGUCACUAACACAAACUCCAAUGCAUUCAAUAAUAACAGUAAUAGCCAGAACUCAAGCAUCUUUACCCCAUCAUCCUUUCCACCAGUUAGUCUUAGUUUCUACAAAGAUUCAUUUGCUGCGUCUUCUAGUGUACCAUCUAGCCCUAUGGACCCUUUUGUUGGCAAGAUGAAUAGCAGUAGUGCUGGAACAUGUUCUGAUGCUCUCUCCCCAGCAAGUCACCAUAGUUCAAGUUCCUCACUUUUACUUCACUCAGCUGCCUCUUCCAUCACUCCGCCUCCUUUGGGUAUCAGUCCUUUACAGCAGAAACACAGCACUCUCCAUGAACUUCUCUUGAAGAAAGAAGCUUUCUCAGCAUCUCCUGAUCGGCAGCUACUUGGCCAAUCUGUUCCUGGUCCUGCAAGCCCCAUUACUUCAAUGGCUGUGUCCUCAGGACUUGAUUCAGCUCCUAGUAAUCGAAUAGGAAGAGGCACUCUCAUCGCAGGUUCCAGCUCUCGACUCUCUUCCUCUGCACCAACCCAUCUUGGACUUGAGCAGAUCUGGCAGCGCAGGGAACCACGUCAACAUCUUUUGUCUACUGGUUCUUUAGCCGAAGCAGGAUCCACAUCCUCUUUGUCAACUGGUGGUGUCCUGAGUCCCGAAUCUCACGACUUCUCGCAUGAUGAAGGUUUUGACUCUGAAGAUGAUAGCGAUCAUUAUGAAGACUUCUCAUCAGAUGCUGAAUCUAUAGUGAGUGAUGGGGAAACAGGUAUGUCAAAACUGUCUUCAUCCAUGUCCAAAAAAGAGCGUUACUUUUGGCAAUACAACGUGCAGGCUAAGGGACCAAAAGGACAGCGUCUUGUACUGAAGACCCGUUUUGAAGACCCACAUGUUCUCAAUGAAGUAACUGAUCCAGUGUUCAGUCCUGAGUGUUCAGUCAGAGGAAUAAAACAUAGUGGUAAAGCAAGGAAAGGAGAUGGGAAUGAUUUAACACCCAACCCACGUAAGUUAUGCAGUAUUGGUAAGGAGCUUGAUAAGUUGGGACGCAUAAUAAAUGAUAUGACACCUGUGAGUGAAUUACCAUUCAACAUACGACCCAAGACACGCAAAGAGAAGAACAAACUAGCCUCCAGAGCAUGUCGACUAAAGAAGAAAGCUCAACAUGAGGCCAACAAAUUGAAGCUGUAUGGGUUGGAACAUGAACACAAGCGUCUCAAUGUUGGAAUCUCUCAAAUCAAGCAGGUUUUGGCAGCAAAGUUCACUGCAGAAAAUCACGAAAAUCAGGAGGAGCUUACAAAGCACAUAGAGAAAGCCGUCAAAACAGCUACAAAAUUGAAAAUAGCUGGCCAUACGACUGAGUUUGUAAACAGAGUGUUAGACAAAGUGAAGAGUGGUGUACCAGGUGGAGGAUUGGAUGAGCUAUAAAUCGUAAGGAUUCUCAUCAUCCAUGACUGCUUUCUUAUCUGUCCUCAUAAAUGUUGUAGGUAUGUAUGUACUGUACCAGAAACUUGCAGAAAAAUAUGUGCUACACAGUACUGAGAUUGUAUUUUAAAUGCAGACUAAACUGGAUUUGAGUAGCUGUAGUACAUGUUAAGAGUAAGCAGAACAUUGAGUUCGUGCUUUCUGAUAUGGUCAUUACAAACUUGCAUAUGAAAGUGUGCUCUCAUGCAUGUAGAACAAUAUAGGUACAGAAUGGUAUUAUAAAUUGUGGCGCCUGUUUUAAAAACAUUCACAUUGGCAUGCUAUUAAUGGACCUGACAUUAGUUACAGACUAGAACUUCUCUUUUUCCCAAAAAAGAAUAAUAGCCAGAGGUAGAUAUGUACUGAUGUUGCAAAUAUUUUUUUCUUGGCCCAGAUUUUAUUUUAAUUUAUGAUACAUGAAUUAUAAUGCAUAUUCAUUCUAGAACCAAUGAAUAAAUUGUGUGAAGAGUAUCUUAGAGAAAGGUAAUCAUAUUUUCUAAGAGCCACACACAACAAUUAUAUAUAAAUAUUAUGUUGGACAUCCAUUGUGUGGUGUAUGUGAGGUAAACAGAAUUUUGGAAACUGGAUUUGUUUCUCUCAUUAGGAAUAGGGAGAGGAAGGCUGCCUGGUACUUAGCCAGAGCCAUUGAAAAGAGAUAGUCUUGAUUGCUCUAGCAGGACUAGCUGUUGCUUCUUAGCCCCUACAGUGACGACAGUAUAUGAAAUAUACCCCAGACAGUGGACAGUGUCAAGCAUAAUAUUCAUAUAAUGAAUCGACUGAUGUUAUGAACCUUUAGACAGUCAGCAGAGUAAUUUGCAUUACAUUUAAAAAAAACAGUAUAUGUAAGUUACUGGUCAUGUAAUAAAUAAAUUUUAAUCAUGAGAGUUGAUUUGAAGAAUGGUUCAGCCCACAUAAAAUUAUUGAAAUUUUGUAGCCAUUCAUUGUUUGUGUAAUAAUAACAGCAGCAACAUUAGUAAUUGAAACCUGGAUCUAAAAUUUUUCUGUGACAGCAGAUUGCUGCUGCUUAUGAAUAAACCAUGUUAUGUCUUUUCUUUAUAACUGGGAUCUUUAGUAUUUCGGUAAAAGAAAAAGAAAAGGUGCCAUACUGCAAUCUUGUAUGUCCAAGAUGUGAAAUAUAAAUAGUCACAUUUGAAAUGUUUGUUCUUUGACCAGUUCUGAAGUGCAUAAAUACAACAGCUACAUACAUAAACAAUAUUUAUAUUCAUGUUUAUUUGUUUAAACUUAUUUUUUAUUUUUAGUAACUAAUUUUGAAAUGCUGCUAUUACCAUCUUGUAUACUAUAUUUAUAAUUGUAUAGUUCAUAAGCAGUUGUGACCCUAGAAUGAUUGAAAAUAUGUAUACAUAUAUACUUAUUAUUAGAAUUUUUGUCAUAGUCAUAAAAAUGUAGGAACAUGUUACAUUUUGUUGCUCUGCUUCUUACUGGAAUUGUAAAACUUUUUAAGACAUUUGCUUCAUUAUAUCUCAUGACCUUUCAUAGAUUCAUGUAAUUCAUAUUGUAUUUAUUGUUAAAUCUGUUGCAUGUGGUGUGUUCUAAUGGUUGGAAACAUGUCAGUGGUGCCAAUUUUUGUUACUGAAUUCACACACACUGUGAAGUAUGUGAUAUGAACUUCUCAGUGGAUAACAUUGUAUUGUAGCUUUAUAGUAUGUAAUCAAGAAAAAAUGUUUGAACAUUGAGCAGCUCUCUCUCUCUCCACUUUAUGUAUUAUUUAAAGCAUCUGAUAUAAUUGAAUAGUUACUGAAAUAAUUGAUACAAUAAUGAUUUAAUGUUUCACAGGUGGGGGUUGUUGCUAUGAAAUUCCACUUACAGCAAACAUUUCUGCAUUACUCAUCCCAGUGAUUCAUAUUAUAUAACAAACACGUUUAUAAUACACCUUGUACAUAUAUCCAUCAAAGAUUUACGCCUUCUGCCGACAGUUGUUUUGAGUAGCAUGUGUACAAUGCUUUUAUGCAAUUGUGUAAUGAGAUGUGUGACAAGAAGAGUUGUAGCAAAUCGUCUUUACUACAUAAAGUUAAAUUU